AUGGCCGUCGACGCCGCGAGACGGCGCGGCCUCCUGCUGCUGCUCGUCGCCACCGCCACCGCCUUCGUCGCCAGGCCGGCCACGGGUUCCGCGCUGGUGGGCGAAGGGUGCUCGGCGAGCUCGCCGUGCGGCAGCGGGAUGCGGUGCGCCACCUGUUCCCCGCUCCCCGGGUCAGGCCCCGCCGUGUGCUCCCGGACCACGCCCAUCGACCCCAAGAUCCACGGGACGGGGCUGCCGUUCAACAGGUACUCGUGGCUCACCACCCACAACUCCUUCGCCAUCACCGGCACCCCCUCCGCCACCGGCGCGCCCAUCGUCUCGCCGCCCAACCAGGAGGACUCCGUCACCGGCCAGCUCAACAACGGUGUGAGGGGGCUGAUGCUGGACACGUACGACUUCAAGAACGACCUCUGGCUCUGCCACUCCUUCGCCGGCAAAUGCUACGACUUCACCGCAUACCAACUUGCGUCCAAGGUGCUGAAGGAGAUCAAGGCCUUCCUGGAUUCCAACCCUUCCGAAGUGAUCACCGUGUUCGUGGAGGACUACUCCGCCCCGGGCUCCCUCUCCAAGGCGCUCGCCGCCGCCGGCCUCACCAAGUACGUCUUCCCGCCGGCCAAGAUGCCCGGCAACGGCGCCGACUGGCCCACGCUCAAGGACAUGGUCGCCCAGGGCCACCGCCUCCUCGUCUUCACCUCCAAGCAGGGCAGGGAGGGCUCCGAUGGCGUCGCCCACGUGUGGAAUUACGUCGUCGAGACAAAAUACGGGAGCGAUGGUCUGGCGAUGGGCUCUUGCGCGAGCAGGGCUGAGUCGAGGGCCAUGGACUCCAAGGCGCAGUCGCUGGUGCUUGUGAACUUCUUCACCACGAACCCGAGCCAGAGCUGGGCCUGCGUCAACAACUCCUCCCCGCUCAUCGCCCAGCUCAGGACCUGCUACGACGCAUCCGGCAAGCGAUGGCCCAACUUCAUCGCCGUCGACUUCUACAUGAGGAGCAGCGGCGGCGGCGCUCCCCUGGCGACCGACGUGGCGAACGGCCGUCUCCAGUGCGGCUGCGAUACCAUAGCUUACUGCAAGGAAAACGCGCCAUUCGGGACAUGCACAAUGCCUUCUUCGUUGCCAUCAUCGGCAUCGGCAUCGUCAUCCCCGAAUCCCUCUGCAUUGCGGUCGUCCUCCUCGGCUCCAGCUCCGACACUAGCUCCGAUUAUAUUGGAAACUUUCUCUAGCUACAUCUUCCUCCCUGUCACUGUUCUUGGCUCCGUCUUCGUGGUCCUAUGGAACUUCGACUCCAUCAUUGUGGUCCUAUGGGGCUUAUGGAUUGCUUCAUCAUUAUAA